AGUGGCUGGGGCCGAAACGCAGCGGGCAGUGGAGGCGGGACUUAGAGGGGCGGGGGCUGAGGCCUGGGACCCGGGAUCUGGAGCGGCCGAACGUCGACUUGACCCCGGAAGAAAGCGGAAGGACCGCGGCGGGUGGCGAGCUGCGGGCUGCGGCGGAGUCUUAGGUAGCUUUCUGGCACCUCGUCUGGAGCUUCGUGCCUCUCUCCUCCGGAGAGCUGAACGGUUGGGGUCGGGGGCGGAGUCGGGCGCCGGGUCCCGGAAAGCCGCGGUGCAGGCGGUGACAGUUGCCAGCUUUUACGUGGGUGGCGCAGAUAGCAGCAGCGGCAGCAGCAGCAGCAGCAGCAGCAAUGUUUCACUUCUUCCGAAAGCCUGCAGAAUCCAAAAAGCCCUCUGUGCCAGAACCGGAAGCAGAUGGAUUUGUCCUCUUAGGAGAUACAGCAAAUGAAAAGAGAUGUAAAACUUCUGAAGCAGAGAGCAGCCAGUCUUUGGAGACCGGCAAAGAAGACACAUCCAGUGUGACUGUAUCAGGCCCUGAGACAGGAAAUCAGGCAGGCCAGACACUGGAGAACAACUCAAUGACAGCUGAGCUCCUGAGUGAUGUGCCCUUCACCCUGGCCCCACAUGUGCUGGCCGCGCAGGGCACCAUCGGCGACCUUCCUGACCACUUACUCUCUUACGAUGUUGGUGACAACUUGUCUCGGUUCUGGUAUGAUUUCACUCUUGAAAAUUCAGUCCUCUGUGACUUGUAGUCUUUGUGUCCAUGUGUACCCUAGCAGCUUUAAAGGAAAUGAGUCUGCCUAUUUUAUUGAACCUGUUUGAUGUUCUUUGUAUUUCACUGGUGAAGGCCUUGAGGCAAGCAAGGAUCAUAAAAUAAAUAUAAUAGCAUCAUGUUCAUGGUUUUAUCUUCAGAAUCAAGUGAAUUUAUAUGAAAAUUAAAGUCAACAGUUUAAUGAAUGGAACUGACUUUGGAAAAAACUAAGGAUUCAGACCACUCAUAUUUCCCCAUGUGAUAUUCUCCAGUUCCUGAGAUGAUAUGAGAGGUGCAUCGUGUUUUUGCUGUCUCUGAAGACACAACAUGAAAGAGAACCAAGGCUCAGCAACCUGUGCCUCGAGCGGGUGUGAAGGUCCUGGAGUUCAGAGGCAGUUAUGAUGCUAUGCCAUUACUCUCACAGUGUUUGUGAAUGAGGUCAGACAAACCACUAGGGAAAGUUGAAACCUGUUGGAAACACCAGCCCUUCUUUGCUGAUUCAAGACUAAAGGGGAUGCUUUGGUUUUCUUGGACUCAUGCGGCCCUCUCUGCCCUCCUGAAGGACUGCUGUGUUCCUUCUUUGUUCUCAUGUCUGCUGGGUGUGGUUGAACCAAUUUCUAGAGAACUGCCCCACUGGGUUAUCUUCCUUACCACGAAUCUUUCCAGUUUAUGCAUCUGCGUCUGCUUUCACCUCUUCUGCCUCCUAAUGAAGACAUCUCCUGGGGAUACAGAUCAUUGCUGAUAAGCCCUGGUUAGAAGUGUGUUGGCCACAGUACAGGUGGCAGGGUUUUACUGUUAAACACACUCAGUUUAACGACGUUCCAAUUAGAGUGUAAGCAGACACCCAGAUAGGACUAGAAUACCCAUUGUUUAUUCCAAGUAAAACUGAGCAGGCCUGCCAUUGGUCAGUGAACUACAAAGAGAGUUGGUAUAUAGUAACAGGGCCAUUUCUUUGCCGUGAAAAAUUUAAGUCAUUUCUUUUGAUUAGUUAUAAUUUAUUAAUUCUGUGCCAAAGUUUUUUAAGUAUAUUUUUUCACAAAGAGAGUAUCAGGAAAACUAAACACUGUGCAGAAAAGUACAAGAAUUUUUCUAAUUUUAAUGUCUCUGCAUAGUCAUUUAAUAAAUGUGGUGUGGUCUUCAUAAAAAGUACUAUGUUAUUUAAAGUUAAAGGUACAUUUGUGAUGACAAAAAUGUACUUCACUUACAAUUAACAUUACCAUGUGAGAUUAAAGGUUCAUUUAGGUCUUUACAUAGCUUUCAUAAAACAUAUACAUAGGAAAUAUGCCUUAUUUUUGACACAAAUGUGAACAUUUUGUAGCAUUUCUGUGAUGGUACAUCCUUUUUAACUAUCCAUGUUAAUGUAUUUUCAAAAUUGAAUGUAAAGAGAUUGUUCUUUUGCUUAAAAUAUGUGAAAAUUUAUAUAAUUAUACAUUUCAUUUGUAUUUAUGUCUUCCAUGUUAUAAAUGUGCUUCUAAGUACUGUUUGUCUAAAAUUGUUAUAUUUAAAGAAUGUGAAUUGAAAUAAAUGUUUUGAUUAUUUUCAGAUCCA